AGUGUUCUGUGCUCACUACCUAGUACCACCACUGAACAAGUAAUUUACCGAAAGUUUUCUACCACACGUUGCAUUACAAAUAUUUAUUUAUUUUAACUGAUAAGUUAAUAGUGUUUUAGGUAUGUCAGUAUCAUUAAUCAGAUUGUUUGUAAGUAAUUUGAACAAAACUUUACCAAGACAUCCUGUUAGAACAGUUGUGGCAGGUAAAGUACAAGAGGAUAAUUGCAAACGAGAAAAGCAUGGGAAUUCAUCCAUAACAAGCGCACGCUUGCUGUCCGUAAUGGAAGCUGCCGACGUAACGAAAGAUGAAGAAAAUAAGUCAAUCGAUAUAGUGCCGAAUAAGCUAUUAACGAGGUACAACAAACGCCGGGCACAUCGCGAUUGGGAGACCAAACCUCCAGGCGAAAUCAAAAAACCAUACGAAAGGAUUAAGAGAAAAAAAAUGGCUAUGCUGCUGGGGUACUCCGGAGUUGAAUAUUACGGUAUGCAACGAAAUCCUGGUGUACAAACAAUAGAAGAAGAAUUAUUAAAAGCAUUGUUGGACGCUAAAUAUAUUACACAGGAAGAUUUCGAAAAUGCCCAGAAUGCACAGUUCCAACGUAGCUCCAGGACUGACAAGGGUGUGUCCGCUGCUGAACAAGUUGUCUCACUUAAACUACCUUUAGAAGUCAAUGUUGAAGAAAUAAACAAAAGGUUACCUGAGACUAUUAAAGUAUUUGCUGUUAAAAGAGUAACAAACAGAUUCAAUUCCAAAUCUAAAUGCAAUGCUCGUUCAUAUAGCUACACUCUUCCCACGUAUGUGUUUGAACCUAGUUUAGUAACACAUGAAAAGAGAAAGGCAUACAGGAUACCGGCUGAGAAAAUUGAAAAGUUAAAUAGUAUAUUGGGGGUGUACAAGGGAACAAAAAGCUAUCAUAAUUUUACAGAGAAAAAGCACCACCAAGAUCCCUCAUCGUCGAGGUACAUGAUGAGUUUCAGUGUUGAAAAAGUCUUUGUAUAUUCAGAUAUGGAAUUUGCAGUUUUAAUUGUUAAGGGACAGAGUUUUAUGCUACAUCAGAUAAGGAAGAUGGUGGGCCUGGCGAUAGCCAUAAUGAGGGGCCAUGCCGACUCAUCGAUCCUGGAGAAAGCGUUCGGUAAAGACAAGGUCAUGAUACCGACCGCCCCAGGACUUGGUCUUGUUUUAAACAAGGUCCACUACGAUAGAUACGACGCUCGACACAAAGGGACCCACGAUAGCCUCACAUGGGACAAAGAAGAAGAAACCAUACAAAAGUUCAAAGAGGAUCACAUAUACCCAAACAUAGUUAGGGGUGAGAUCGAAAGAGAUUCCAUGGGAACUUGGUUGGAGAAACUCAGUAAGCAUUCCUAUGAACCGACUGAAGAGAUGAUUCAGGUUGAGAAAGCUGAUGCUGAGGGCGUUGACGAUGAAUCUGAUGCUGAAGAUCUAGACGACGAAAAGGAUAAUGAUGAAGAAAAGUGUGAAAAUGGUGUUGUUUCACCACUGAAAGAUGUUGUGAAGGAGGGUAAAGUUGAUGAUGUCACUUCAUAGAUGUGUAGAUAUAUUUUUAAGCUGGUCAAAGAGCAAACAGCGUAAACAAAAGCAUUGCCUCAGCUAAUAACUAUUUUAAUUAUACUAAGUUACUUGCCAAGCUAGUUUCAGCCGUAAAUAUAUUAGGUUAAAGACUCAUUAACAUUCGAAGCGACUGUCGAAAACUUUUAAAGUGUAACAAAUGACGUCGUUGUAGCUGUUUUAGCAUUGCUAAUGACACUGGCAAUGGUUGCAUUUAGGCUGCUUGCUCGUACAAAAAUAGUACAAACGAAUUGAAGAUUAAUAAUAUUUAUCUGAAAUGACAAUGUAUUGGAAUAACUAUACUGCAGUUCUGAAAUAAUAUGUUGAUUUUCUUU